UUUUUAUUUUCCCUACAUAAUCGCGACAGGGUAUCGGCAGUAUGCCACUCUUAAGGAAAAAACAAAGCCAAGCAGGCAAGAAGAAGAUGGAGCAUAAAAUGUACUUGGCACGAGAAUCUCCUGAGCCAACAUUUGACCUCUCAGAGUGUGAGAUAACUGAGGUGCCCUCAGGUGUGUUCUCAAUAUGCAAGGUUUUGAGGAAAGAAGGGCUGCUAUUGAAUAACAACAAUUUGAUUUCAUUGAAGGAAGGGGGACUGAUGAAGGACCUCAUCAGCUUAAGGGUUCUUGAUUUACAUAGUAAUGACAUCAAAGAUCUUCCUGAUGACAUCACUCAGCUGAUAAGUCUUCAAGUUUUGAAUGUUGCAGACAAUAAAAUAAAGCAUCUUCCAAAGGAAUUUGGAAAGCUCAAGUCACUUCAAACAUUCAACAUAAAAGGUAAUUUAUUGCAAGAGUUGCCAGAUUCAAUAUGUGAGCUGAAAUUGCUACGUAUGUUGGACGUCACUUGUAACCCAAAGCUGACCAAACUGCCCAAGAAACUGUGCUACGUCAGAACCCUUGAGACUUUGUCAGUAGAUGGGAGUCAGUUUAAGUUCCCUCCUGCCAAUAUUUGCUCAGCUGGAACUGAAAGCAUAAUGAGAUUCUUAUGCACAGAAUGUGGUACAGAGUACAGUCCUCCAAGUCAGCACCUUCUAAACGUUCUUGAUCCGCCAGUUUUCACAUCAGAGGAACAUCAAGCACAGUCAUUGAGGGCCAUCGAGCAAGAAGAUGCCGCUCUAGAGAACACUAUCUUGCAGUAUGAGAAAAUUAAGGAACAAAAACGUCUAGACCGUAUAACAGUUGAGAAGGAGAUGGAGAAGUUUGAGCAAGAAACAGUGAAAGUGUUGCUUCGAAACAGUCACCAGAGACAGCAGCUUGUUACUGAACUAGCUAUGGAGCAGCAGCAACUUGAUAGUGGAAUAGCUAAGCUACAAACACUGAGUGAUAUCAACAGAAAGCAAAUGGUUGCUACUUUAUCAGAUGUGGAAAAACAAUCAGAUAAUCUUCUUAAGGAGCUAAUGGAAAUCAAUGAACAGGCUCGGAGACGAGAAGCCCUACUUGAUCAAAUGGAAAAGGAGAGAAUGGAAAUGGAAGAAAUCUUCAAAGUUGCCACAGAGGAACAUGCUAGUCUCCGUAAACAGGAGAUUAUAAAUGGAAUGAAUAUCAUACUCAAUGAAAGUUUCACCAUCGAAAAGCUGCGAAAAGCCUAUGAAAAAAAUAAAGAGGAAGUACUGGCAAGGGCACAGCAAAGUGAAAAUGAUGCUUUUGAAAAACUUGGUCAUAUGCUAAAUGCCAAGCAAGUGAACCAGGAAAGUAUCGUACAAGAACUGAUGAAAGAGGAAGCCUUCCAAAGGGAAGCAUUUGAAACCUUGUUGAUGGGAAGAGAUGCACGGCACAAACGACUUACAGGAGAGAUUGGAUUGAUUGAGCAGCAGUUAGCUGAUUUGACGUUAUUUGAGAUACAGAAAGCAGCAGUAAAAGCAGAUGCUGAACAAGCACUCCUGGAGCAAAAGAGGCUAGAUCUCACAUGUCUUCUAAAACAAUUGAUGCUGGAGAGAGAGAACAGGGAAUUUGAACUGAAAAAAAGAUUGGAGGAAAUGGAGAGAAGACGUGAAGAUGAUGAGCAAGAUUACUGGUUGAUUCAGUUCCAGAGACUCCUGGAUCGCAAACCUCGCUCACUCAUCAACUUGGAGAGCAAUCUGGAGUACGCUGUUGAGAAUAUCCUAAAUGAGGCCAAUGCCAGUAUUUACAUCCCAAUGUUUGCCAGACAUCAUGUGUCAAUUGAGAGCUUGAUCCAGAUGGAUGAUGAUGACCUCAAAACAAUUGGUGUACGUGAAGCUCAUCUACGUAAAGCCAUUUUGCUGGGCAUUGAGGGGUAUGUGAAGGAAGAGGCCAAUUCGGAGAAGAAGACCAAAGACAUUGAAAGUGGUGCAGCUACGCCGUCAGCUCCCCCAGAAGAACUUGAAUCAGCUGCUGGUGCACUUGCACCUUCAGAGGUCACAGUUCAUGUCAGCACUGAAUGUGUUGUAUGCUUGAAUAAUAAUUCUAAUACACUCUUUUUAAAUUGUGGACAUGUAUGCUGUUGCAACACCUGUUCAGGUGACAUCAACCAGUGUCCGUUAUGCAGGAGACCAAUAGAGAUGAAGGUAAAUCUGAACAGGUAAUUUACUUGUCCAUGUUUCUGGUGAACACCUGUAGGGCCUAUCAACUAGCAUCCAUUAUGCAGUAGGGCAGUAGAGAAGUUAAUACUGAACAGGUAAUAUAUUGCUGGCAGCUGAAGUGCUAAAUUCAACCAAAUUUUAUUUGAUAUUUUGUACGGUAUGCCACAUGAAAGAAAUGUUAAUUUUGGUGACUGGUACAUACAGUACCAGUGGUUGUAUUGGUUAAUACUGUACCAAAGAUUUGGUUUGGUAUAGAGUAUCGUAUGUACUUAUCAAUUCUUGCUAAUUUAUGUUUUCAUAUUUUUACGGAAUAUAUUGUGAAAAAACAAUUUGAUUUGAUAUUUGUACAGUGAAAAAGAUGCUUGAUUUUUAAAAUAAAAUACAGUACCAAUGGUUUUAUUGGUACACACUGUACCAACGAGUGAUUGGUAUGUACAGUGUGAAUGUAUUUAUCAAAGUUUGCUGAAACAUUGCUAUGUUUAACCAAGUUUGACCUGAUAUUUUUACAGUAUACCAAGCAAAAACAGUUCUCAUUUUGGUGAUUGGUACAUACAGUACCAAAGGUGGUAUUAAAACAUACAGUACCAGUGGUGGUAUUGGUACAUACAGUACCAGUGGUGGUAUUUGUAAUGCACACAUUUCCCACAAAGUUUUUUCAUACAUUCAUGCAAUGAUAUUGAGCAACGAUAUUCAAGA